AUGAACGUGGUGGAUUCGUUAGAUGUGUGUCCAACUGAGGAUGCAAUUGAGGUAUUUUUGCAACAUUUGGUUGAUCCAUUGCUGCCGGAAAAUUCUUCUGUCAAAGAUAAUCCCACACCUUCUCAACAGGAAUCAAUAGCUAAACAGGUGCGUUCGGCUGUCUUACUGUACAACUACUACCACAGGAAACAACAUCCAGAACUAGAAUAUCUGCCAUUUAACGAAUUUUGCAAGUUGAUUGUGGUUCUAAGACCACCUUUAUUGGCAUAUAUGCAAUUCAUGCAAAAUUUUAACGAAGUAGAGCUUAUUGAUGUGGAGAAGCAGCUAUCGUUAACAGAAAAAGUGAUCAUGGAUGCAUGUGAUGUCUCUAAAUGUUUAGAUGCAUCAAAGAAUGCACCUAAUAAGGAGGGAUGGCCCAUUUCGGAAGUUUCUAUCCUUUUAAUUGACGGCAAGAAAGAGAACUGCUUUUUGCUGUUUGGUUCCAUCACCAAGGGGGUAUGGUCUGUGGUUGAAAAAAGUAUAGAUGCCUCCAGCCAAAGUUCUGAAGUUACACCCGAAAUGAAUAAUACAUACAAAAGGAAAAGAAUCGUUAAAAAGUCUAAAAAAGAGGAUUUAAAAGUUGACGAAGAUGGACUUCUACAAAUUGGGUAUUCUGCUGUAAAGGAAGCCACAGGUAUCAAUAGAACUGAUAUUAUGCUUUUGGAAAGCUACACUAUCUAUUCCCUAAGCAAAGAGAAGGCGGCUUCUCGCUUUUUUAUAAUGCAAUGCUCCCAGUCAAUCAAUCAGGACAUUAUUAAAGUUCCUCUCAAAGAUGUAAUUGAAAGCUUGCAGGGUCCUUUGGUCAAAAAGUGUUCUAGCAGUUGGACGAUCACUCCAGCUGUGGCUUACUUCCAUGUGCUUCCUUAUUCUGAUAUAAUCACACAGUGCAUUUCUAGAAAAGAAUCUCUGGAGCAGAAAGAGAACAAUGGGAGCUGUGCUCCCAGUCCAUGUGAUUUCAUCAAGGAGACCCAUGAAGUGGAUGUCAACGGAUCUUCAAUUUAUCCAUCUCAAAAUAGAGAAAAGCGACAAAAUAUCACAAAAACUAUACAGGUUAGUGAAGAUCAAGAAAAAAACAAUGCAUCUGAACAUUUUAACUCCAAUGGCUCUGCUAGUGUUAUUCAGGUUAUGAAGGUUGAUUCAACAAAUAUGAUCGUCAAUGGAGGUGGAACCGACAAUAUUGUUUCUUGCGUCAAGCUUUGUGCCAAUAGUCCAAAUACCUUGUAUGAAAAAGAAACAACAGAUGCAUGUACUCAAAGUUUAAAUAAUGCUAACUCAGAUACAAAGAAGCUCCCAAGUCUUCAAGAUUCUAAAAAGACACUGUCGCGAACUGCCAUAUCUUCUCUAAUACGAAAGAGGAAUGAGCUGGCCCUUCAGCAGCAGAAAAUUGAUGAUGAGAUCGCUAGUUGUGAUGAAAAAAUUCAGAGAAUGCUAACUGAUGGGAAAGAUGACUAUGAAUCGAUGAUAGAAUGCAUCAUGGAAGGAUGUAAUGAUGCUUCUGUAACAAAUCAAGAUGGCACGGGUGGACAACAAAGCUUCUCUCGCAAGAGAGAUUUGUCAGCGCUGCAAAGUUCAUGCCAGGAUCCAGAUGGUGUUAUGCAAUGA